AGUACUGUGAUUUUUGAAAGAUCUCUCCCUCACAAUGGCCUUCUCUUCUAAAGCAACCUUUAUUUCAUCUCCCAUUCCAUUUCCUCAAAACCGCACUCCAAAGUGUUUCAACCAAAUAGACUUCAAGACUGCCAUUGUUCCUGAAAACUGGAGCAUCACCCAAGAAAACACAUUGCCUUCUACUUCCUCAAAUCACUUGGUCUAUCUAACUGAUGAACAGCCCUGCAUUAUUAAAGAUGAUUUUCACAUCAAGAAUCAUCAUACAAAAUUGAAGGCGUUGAAGCAUAUGCUAAGCAAAGAGCGUGAAGAUGCAUUCGAAGGUUUGGCCAUGGUUGAUGCCAUCCAACGCUUAGGCAUUGAGUAUCAUUUCCAAGAAGAAAUUGAUUCAAUUCUGGAAAGGCACCAUAUGAUACAUAGCACUAAUAAUUAUAAUGAUCUCCAUGAGGCUGCCCUUCGCUUUCGACUGUUGAGACAAGAGGGUUACCAUGUGCUUGCAGGAGUAUUCGACAACUUCAAAGACAGGGAGGGCAAAUUCAAGCAGAAUCUAAAUUAUGACAUCAAAGGACUAUUGGGUUUAUAUGAAGCUUCACAGCUGACUAUAGGAGGAGAAGAUAUACUUGACGAAGCUGGAGACUAUAGUUACCGGCUUCUAAAUUCAUGGGCGACACAGCUUGACUAUAAUCAAGCUAGAGCAAUAAAGGAUACACUCGAUUACCCACAUCACAAAAGCUUGGCCAGGUUCAUGGCCAAACACUUUAUUAGAGAUUUUCAGGGGGGAAAUGUGUGGAUGAAUGAACUGCAACAACUUGCUAAGUUAGAUUUUAUGAAAAUCCAAUCUCAAUAUCAACAAGAAAUUCUUCAAGUAUCAAGGUGGUGGAAAGACCUCGGUUUAUCAAAGGAGCUAAAGUUCGCAAGAAACCAGCCACUAAAAUGGUACAUAUGGUCCAUGGCAACCCUCAUAGAUCCAAGCUGGUCAGAGCAGAGGAUAGACCUUACAAAACCCAUCUCUUUUAUUUACCUAAUAGAUGAUAUUUUCGACGUUCAUGGGACUCUUGAUGGACUCAUCUCAUUUACAGAAGUUAUCAAAAGAUGGGACAUAGCUGCCGCUGAACAAUUACCAGACUACAUGAAGACAUGCUUCAAGGCUCUUGACAACGUCACUAAUGAAAUUAGCUACAAGGUCUACAAACAGCAUGGUUGGAACCCUGUAGAUUCUCUGCGAAAAACGUGGGCAAGUUUGUGCGAUGCAUUUCUAGUAGAAGCAAGAUGGUUUGCUUCUGGGCACUUGCCGAGCGCUGAAGAAUACUUGGAGAAUGGGAUUGUUAGUUCAGGUGUACAUGUGGUUCUAGUUCAUAUUUUCUUUCUACUGGGUCAUGGUUUAACCAAGGAAGCUGUUGAGCUGGUUGACAGUAAUCCAGCCAUAAUUUCUUCUUCUGCUAAAAUUCUUCGGCUCUGGGAUGAUUUAGGAAGUGCCAAGGAUGAGGAUCAGGAUGGACAUGAUGGAUCAUACGUAGAAUGUUACAUGAAGGAAUAUAAAGGAUGUUCUGUGGAAAACGCAAGAAAGCAGGUAACCCACAUGAUUUCAGACGCAUGGAAACAGCUGAACCAGGAAUGCCUAUUUCAGAAGUCAUUUUCAUCAACCUUCACCAAGGCUUGUCUUAAUCUUGCAAGGAUGGUCCCCUUGAUGUAUAAUUAUGACGACAAUCAACGCCUUCCUGUUCUUGAACACCAUGUCAAGUCUCUGUUCACAGAAAGUGCAUCCCUUUAGAACACCAAUACUCUGUAUAAUUGUAUGAAAAAUAAGUGGGAAAGAAAAUGACAUGAGCAAAUUAAAGAGGAAUUUUCCCUCUUCUUUGUUAGGAAAUAGAGGAGAAAAUAAAGGCAAGUAAGAAAAUAACUUUUAUUUUCUCUCGUAAUCGUGUGAUAAGUAUAUUUUACUUUCGAAAUUAUAUGUACACUGAUAGAAUUUAAUACAAAUGAAUUGGUAAGAAAAUUUAUGUGUUUAGAA